AUGUCUCGCUAUUUCCCCCACACAGCCUACGCAGAAGACCAGCCCCUCGCGGGCACGAUCCUCACAGUCCACGUUCUCACGCGUGGCUACACAACCGGCACGGUAGUGGGUCUCGGCGUCGCGGCCGCGAGUGGAGCCGCUCGCCGACUCCGCGGCACAAAGCCCGUGCCAGCCACCGCCGUCGCCGGUACCCCGUUCUCCACAUCGGCAACGACAGCACUCCGAAGCGCAGGCGGACUACGCACCCUCCUUCGUAAAUCAGGCACCGCCAGCGCUGUCGGCCUAGGCCUCACCGGCGUCGCCACGGUGGCGAGGAUGUACGGCCGCGAGGACAUUGAGUGGCGCGACCGCGCGUGGAGGCUGAUGGAGAGCCGGAGCCAGCUGGAAGUGGACGACUGGACGUACGGUGGUGCGGCUGCGGGUGUUGCGGCGCUUGGAAUUGCGAGGGCGGCAGGUGUGAAGGGUAGCGCGCUCGGUGUGAGAGUUGUUGCUGGUGCUGCUGGGUUGGGGAGUCUUGCGGGCACGGUUGGGUAUAUGAUUUGGAGGAUGGCUCAAACGCCGCUGGAUAUCAAGACUGACGAAUCCAGCUCAACUCCCUCGCAGACUGUGUCGAGCACCGCGCAGUCUAAUGACAUUUCAGACUGCGAAAUCUGCCACCAAAUCUGGACCCGUCUCACGACGUCUCCUAGCGGCAAAUACCACGAUACUGUCAAUCUAGGCUCCUUUGAAGAAGCCCUCUCUUCGAAAUGCAGCAGACAUGUACCCAUUGUCAGGAUGUUCCACGAGCUUGCACUCACAGAAAACAUCAAGACCGGCGGCCGAUACGCCGACCUCUUGCUUGUGAAAAGGGACUCCAUUCCGAGCCACCCGGGUAUCGCUCGCAUCCUAGACCCAGAAUGGAUCGAUACCAGCGUCGUGACACCCUGGAAGCAGCAAUGCGCGUCCUCCCACGGCCCCAAAUGCGCCAAUCCCGUCAAGAUCUGGCCGAUUCGUCCAGCCUGGGUGGUAGACACCGAGAGGCGAUGCAUCGUCCCAGGAGACGGUUGCGAAUCGUACGUCACGCUGAGCUACCGCUGGGGCAAGACGCCCGGAUUGCACAUCCUCGGUGACACAAUCUCGAAGCUCCAAACGCCUGGCGCCAUUGACGACCCUUUUAUCGCUUCCCAGCUCGCCCCCAUGGUGCGUCACGCCGUGCACCUCACCUCCGUCAUUGGGGAGCGGUACCUCUGGGUCGACACCCUCUGCAUCAACCAUGCCCGGGCAGAAGAGAGCAAUCAGCAGCUCCAGCUUAUGGCCGCCAUCUUCGCAAACGCUUCACUCACCAUCGUCGCACUCGAUGGUGAUGCCGAGGACGGCUUUCCCGGUCUGCGGGGCGUAUCAUCGCCCAAGGACCAAGCGGACCAAGGCGAAGACGAAGGUUGGAGCCCAAUACCCUUUGGCGACGAGCAGUUCAUCCGCGACAAGAACAAUGUCUUCAGCCUGAGUCACUGGGGAGCCUAUCACGAGCGCGCGUGGACAUACCAGGAGUUCAAGAUGUCCCCACGGCGACUCAUCGUCAGUAAUCAUUCUCUGCACUGGAUGUGUCAGUGCAGCGUAUGGGAGGAGCAACUUCACCUUGGCGUUGAGGCUGGCAAGUACAUUGAUCCCCGCUUAGGCGAGAUCAUGCGCGGGAUGCCAAAUCUCGACUCCUUGGCCAACAUCGUUGUAGACUACAACCCGAGAGCUCUGACAUACGACGAAGAUGCCCUGCCCAGCAUCAGCGGUCUCUUACACGUCAUCAGUCGGUGCUUCUCGGGCGGCUUCCUCUAUGGCAUCCCGGAGAUGUACUUUGAAGCGGCACUCGGUUGGACGCCAUACUGGUGCCACACCGAUCUCCGACGACGGACUGUCUCUGAUCGCCCUACUGCGAGCCAACUCGGUCCAUGUGGUCUUCCGUCUUGGUCGUGGGUGGGUUGGGAAGGUCUCGUCUCCGUCGGGCGCAAUGAAGCCGGUCCAGCGAAUCCUCUGGCUUACUCAAUCAGAGAGACAAUCCCCAUCACCACGUGGUACGCCUGCGCCACACCGACAUCAGCGCAGAGAAGAAAAAUCAGAUCCUCCUGGUUCGAGAAUCGCCAGGCGUACAAGGACUUUACUCGGCCCUUGCCUCCAGGGUGGACUCGACAAGAGAUUCCUGGACAUGGCGAGGAGGGGGACGUACUGCUUUAUCCCGAUGGGUGCGACAAGUAUACUUUUAGACACAGUAGCAUGUCUGACCACGACGAUGAGCACCCGUGGUACUGGCCUUUCCCCGUGCCGGACAUUCAGGAGUCGACUCAGCCGUUCAUGCCGGAACAGACGCUGUAUAUUAGCUGCGAUACCCGCCGCGCCCGCGUGUCUGCUUUUCAGGCAGACGAACACAAUGACGUCUCGCUCUAUAGGGAGGAGAAAAAGAUUGGAGGGUUGCGAUUGCACAAUAAAGGUCAACUCGAAAGCUUUCCCCAGCUAGAUGCCGGCUGGGCUGCUGCGAAGGAGGUCGAGUUGGUUGCCAUCUCCCGUGUGCGAAACUACAAAAAGACCUUUGAUGAGACGAUCAAACGCUACACGCACCCGUUCACGGCUUCAGAGGUGUAUAGCGUGCUGUGGGUGGAGUGGAUCGACGGGGUUGCGUACCGCCUCGCGAGUGGCCAUGUCGACAAGACUGCGUGGGAGGGGCUGCCUCUAGAGGAUGUGUCUUUGAUUCUGGGGUGA